UACAUUCCUCCCAUCCACACACUACAGUUCCAAGCUCCGGUGUUGCUCCUCAUUCGUCUCUCUGUCUCACUCUCAUCGCCCAACAUCAUUACUACCCGUCUAAUCCGCUCGAGAGACUCACUCUGCGUGCAGCCAUUGAUUCCUAACGGAAGUGCUCGCGUCUGGGCGUCUCGAGCUCGUCACCACCGACUCUGGUUGCCACACACAGAUGCUGGCCGGCGUUGUAGCAGUCCGGUUGCACUCCUAGCAACACGACAGCGCAGAGAGAGAGGAGAUAUCAGUCCCGAUGGUGACGUUACUCACACGCCAGCUGGAACGGCACACUCUGGCCGACGACGCCGACGAUUCACGCGAGGUGUUCAAGUUGUGUGGGCCCUCACCUUCGAUGGAAGGCAUGCGAUUGCAAGGCAAGACGGCAGCGUCAGAGAGUGAUGUCGGUUUUGUCGGGUGUGAAGAGGACGCCGCCGACCCGGACUGUCCGGCGAGGAAACGCCGCCGCAGUCGCUCCAUCCCGGGAUGCUUCAGCCCGAUGAAGAGCACGUGGACUCCGAAACCGUCGCGUGUCUGGUCGGCCGUGCGGCGAGGGAAGACGACGCGCAGCCCGCCGGGUCGCCGAGCGCAGUCGGAGAGCGGUAUCAUCCGCGCGUCGCCCGUUCCUCGUCCCGCAUCGAUGUCGUCGUCGGACGAGCAAGCUCUGCGAGCUCUGCCCGGUCUGCGUCGGAGUGUCGUGCUGUUGCGCUCGAACUCGCAGCCGUGCAUGGUCGACGAGACGCCUGCGGGCGGGCCGCAGCGCCCGCGGUCGGGCGGCGGGAAGAAGCGUCAACGCGAACGACCGUCGGUCGAUUUCUUCAAGAUGUCUCAGAGUCGCAGCAGCGAGGACCUCGGAUAUGCGGACAGGUUUUCGCCCGUUCGUUUCCGCAGUCUGCACGAACAGGUCUUCGAUUUCUCGACCUUACCGUUGGCGAUGAGCCACAAGACGAGGGAAGAGGCCGUUGUCGGACGGGAGAGCGGCUACGGGUCGACGGACGGGUCGAGCAUCUACUGGUCGUGGAAUAGCGAAGUGGUGUGUGAGAACGAGCUGACGCUCAGUCAGGUCGAUGAGAAAUAGCGACGCGAGAGUAAUAAUUCUAGAAAGAAGGUUGCUGUGUGUACAAAGCAGUCCUAUAGAGUUCUAGUGCUGCCAUAACGGACAUACACGGUGCUCGAAAAUCUACGAAAGUCUCUAUGAUUGAAGAAUAGCGAGUUAAAACAUUCUGCA